AUGUCAAGGGUUAGCGGGAUAAGCGAAAAAGUGGCCAUAGACGCACUCAGAAAAAUGCUCUGGUGCAAGUCGAAAUUUAGAAAAUGGAUGACCCUCGACAAACCGCGGACGAUCCAAGACACUCUCCACAAGGAAACAGACUACAUCAUAAACGAAGAGGAAACGAAAGUUUUGUCGCAAAAGUAUGUCCAUCACGAGGGGGAAGAACUCCAAGAGGCGCAUAACUACGCGAUCAAUUCGGAUCAAGGCCGAACCACGGGGAAUACAUGGACUCGCAAUCAAGGAUAUGACAAAAACACGUUCUGCGAGUUCCAUCAGUCCCGAGGACAUUCCACGACUAACUGCAAAGUCUUGGGAGCGAGGUUGGCCACGAAGCUACUAGCUGGAGAACUCUCCGAAGUAACUAGCGUCAAAGAUCUCAUCCUCGAGACCGAUCGCCCUCCAAAGACGGACAUGAAUCCUCCCGCGGUGAAUACCUCUCAAGGAAACCAAUUCAGGGAUAAAUGUGGAAGAAGACCGGACGACAAAGGAAACGAUAACAAUCUUUCAGCCAUCAAGGCUAAACAGCGGAAGGCCGAAUCAAGUGCAAACUGGCAUACGUGGUCUCCUCCCCAAGAUGGUCAAAGCCACUCGAUAACUUUCACGAAGGACGAAGCCGGCGGAAUCGAUCUACCUCACUGCGAUCCACUCAUCAUAGAUCUUGUCAUACAAGAUCUGGAAGUUGGGAGAGUCCUCAUCGACACGGGAAGCACGGUUAAUGUUAUCUUCCGUUACACUCCCAAUCGGAUGAACAUCAAAACUCAGCACGAUUCCGAAGUCGACACUAUGACUCAACCGGAGAACCCAGACAAAAACGUCGACCAUGCCACAGUAUUCACGAUUAAGGCGGUCAACACGGCUUCAACCACCGAGUAA